GUCCUUACGUGCGGUGGGAAGUCUGUGCUUUGGGAGCAGCCCGUUUAGCCAUCGGAUCACCUACUAUAUGUGCACAGGGGAGCGAAAGCCUUAAAAAUGGACUAAUGAAGAAGGAGACAAAGAAGUAUUGCUGUUGGCUUCUACAACAUAACUCCACCAACUCAAGUCACAGAGGCAUUUAGGACUAUCAUGACCUUGACUCCAAACCAAGGAAACUGAAAACUUCUCAACGGCUAUGCCCAGUGCCCUGCUGUCCUGUGAUGAAAUUUUGUGAUAAAGGCCUAUUUUAUGAGGGAUUUCCUUUGCUUAAAAAAUUGUUAAAACCGGCUAUGAAGGACAGCUGAGAAACACGGAAUUCACUAUGAAUCUUAUAUCAUAUGUAAAAGGUUUCCUAACCUUUUGUUUGCAGAUUUAUUUGUGAUAGUCCUCAACUAAAUCAAUGUACUGUAAAUUUAGUUUUCUCUGGAAAUUAUGUACAGUGAUAAUCGACCGAUUUAGAACACCUUUACAUCUGGUGCAUACACAUGUCUCUAUUGAUGACAUCUGUCAAAACUUGAAUUGACAGGAAAGGGCUUAGAACAAGAGGAAAUUCAAGACCAGUAAGCAUAAUCGAUCAGACAAUGUGCAACAUCUCUUUCUGCAAUGUGGACUCAAGGAUCGAUCAUCUUUUUCAGCCUACGUUGUACAUAAUCGUGAUCGUGCUUGGGCUGCCCACAAACUGCUUGGCACUUUGGGCUGCCUACAUGCAGGUCCGACAGAAGAAUGAGCUGGGAAUCUACCUGAUGAACCUCUCUGUGGCUGAUCUCCUCUACAUCGCUACACUGCCCUUGUGGGUUGACUACUUUCUUCAUCUUGACAAUUGGAUCCAUGGACAGGUGUCCUGCAAGCUUUUUGGUUUUAUUUUCUACACUAACAUCUAUAUUAGCAUAGCCUUCCUCUGCUGUAUCUCGAUGGACCGCUAUUUAGCCGUAGCCUACCCAUUAAAGUUUGUGAGGAUCCGUUCAAUAAAAACAGCAGUGCUAGUUAGCGUGAUGGUAUGGGUGAUUGAGAUCGUCGCCAAUUCAGCUCCUCUCUUCCAUGACGAGCUCUUCAAAGAUCGCUUCAAUCAUACGUUUUGUUUUGAGAAGUAUCCUAUGCAGGACUGGGUGGCUGGAAUGAAUCUUUACCGCAUUUUCCUUGGCUUUCUGUUCCCUUGGGGUCUCAUGAUCUUCUCUUAUCAACGCAUCCUUCACGCUGUACGAGGAAACAUAUCUACAGAAAAGCAGGAGAAGGCCAAAAUCAAGCGACUGGCCCUUAGUCUAAUCAUGAUUGUGCUCUUUUGCUUUGCACCAUAUCACAUACUCUUGCUCUCCCGUAGUAUAGUUUUCCUUAGUCAUCCAUGUGACUGCCACUUUGAAGAGAACAUUUUCACUAUAUACCAUAUUUCAUUGGCACUUACCAGCCUCAAUUGUGUUGCCGACCCUAUACUGUACUGCUUUGUCAAUGAGGGAGCUCGCAGCAAUGUUACACGGGCACUGGUCACUAUGAUGAGCAUGUUUAAUCGGGUCUCAGCACAUGAUAUACUAACAACUGGCUCUAUCACUGUGGAUACACCACUUUCCCUCAAGAAACCCAACUUCUACACAGGAGUCAAUGCCAGCACCUGUAAGACGGAGAUUGUGGCCCUUAGAGAGGAAUGCCUUCAGAUGACAAUUCUGAGUGUUAAGAAAUGAAUAGCGUGAAAUGUUAAUUUAAUUUGACAUUGUUUAAAUGUACGUUCUCUCAAGCUAGUACUGUGAAAACUGUGCUUAACAGGGUAAAUUAAAAUGUGUAUUUUAUUAAGUUUAACCCCUUCCAUUGUAGGGAGAAUAAAUCUGAGAAAAAGUCUGA